AUCCAAGGCGACUUACAGAGACUAGGGUGUGUGAACUAUGCAUCAGCUGCAGAGUCACUUACAAUUACGUCUCACCCGAAAGACGGAGCACGAGGAGGUUAAGUGACUUGCUCAGGGUCACACAAUGAGUCAGUGGCUGAGGUGGGAUUUGAACCGGGGACCGGUUAAAUAAUUAUUCAGGAUGCGGUACAGUGUGGCUGCAGGUAGAGCUCUUGGGGCACUUGGUGCUGUGAGUCGGGGGGUCGCCAGGGUGUCACUGGCUACCAGCUCCCGGGUUCUGCAGCCUGUUGUUGCCGCCGACACCGACACCAUAGGCUGCAGGAGGUUCCGGUCCACCUCGACGGGUUACAACGAACUAGCUCGCGAGAGAUCCAAGACAGUUACCUCUUUCUACAACCAGUCUGCUAUCGAUGUUUGUGCAGAAAAGCCCUCCGUCCGCCUGACCCCUGCCACCAUGCUCUACUCGGGGAAGUCUCCAGAUGGCAGUCAUGUGCUGAGCAGUGCCAAGUACCUGCACAUGGAGCUGCCUGUGUGCAUUGCCCACCGCGUCAAAGGGUUCCGCAGCCUGCCUUUCAUCAUCGGCUGCAACCCCACCAUCCUGCAGGUGCAUGAGCUGUACAUCAGGGCUUACCACAUGCUGUCGGACUUCCCCCCGAUCACUGACCUGGAGGCAGAGGGGCGCUACUGCAAGCUAGUGCGGCAGCUCCUGAAUGACCACAAGGACGUGGUGACCAUGCUGGCUGAAGGGUUCAGGGAGAGCCGUAAGCACAUCCAGGACAAAGCUCUGAUCAGGAAUUUUCUAGACACCACCCUGACAUCCCGUCUGGGAAUCCGGAUGUUGGCAACUCACCACGAGGAUAAUCCUGACUUUGUGGGGAUCAUCUGCACUUGCUUGUCCCUGAAGAAGAUCAUUGAGAAGUGGGUGGAUUUUGUUCAGCGUCUGUGUGAGCACCACUACGGGAGCUCUUCCCGGGUUCGAAUCAACGACCACGUGGCGGCUGGCUUCCCCUUCAUCCCCUUCCCACUCGACUACAUCCUGCCAGAGAUGCUGAAGAACACCAUAAGGGCAACGAUGGAGAGCCACCUUGACACCCCCCACAACGCACCUCACAGUACAAACAAACAGAAACCUCAUAGCAGCUGCAUCGCACUGUGA